AUGCCCGAAGACACUGCCAGCCCUGCUGGUGAAACAGUCGAAAAAGAAGGGGACCGUGACCUUCGCAUUGUCUUUGAUGAUGCAGCUCACCCUAGGGGGAGAACUGCAGAUCAGGGUCGACGCAGGGACUCCCGCUCUCAGUCCCGCCGCAGGUCCAUGAGCCGCGAUGGCAUCACGACUGCCCCCUAUUCCGGCCUCCCUAUUACCUACCGGACUCUAUCUAUUCAAGUGGCCGAAUCUCGCAAAGUCGAAACAGACAAUAUUGCUGAUGCCAAAGCAAACAAGAAAGAGGACGAAGAUUACUUUUCAAACUUGACCUUCCAUCAACUCCAACCUGAUCAGCUGUGCCAGCAACUCAAUGUAUCUGAUGUAUCAGGUCUUUCAGAGAGCUCUGCUGCCAACAGGCUCCAGAGGGAUGGCGGCAACACACUGCCAAAGCCAAAGACAAACUACCUCAAGAAGAUUUUGAUGUAUGUCUUUGGUGGCUUCUGCUCCGUCCUCUGGGUGGGUGUUGUUGUCUUCUUCGUCUGCUGGAAGCCGCUGAGCAACCCACCCUCGCCGACCAAUCUUGCCCUCGCUAUUCUUGUCAUCAUGGUCAUUAUGCUUCAAGCUGGCUUCUCUGCCUUCCAAGAUUGGUCCACAUCCAGGACCAUGAAGUCCAUUACCGACUUGCUGCCAUCAGAGGCCCUCGUCAUGAGAGAUGGGCAAUUGAAAAAGAUGCCCGCCACUCAGCUUGUCAGCGGGGAUGUUGUCCAUCUCAAGAUUGGUAACAAAGUACCGGCCGAUAUGCGUCUCAUCAGCCACUCUGGAGAUAUUCGAUUCGAUCGUGCCGUGCUCACCGGCGAGCCUGACGAGAUCGAGGGUGCUGUUGACAUGACUGACGAAAACUUCUUGGAAAGCCGCAACAUUGCACUCAUGGGAACAUUGGUAGUCAACGGAAGCGGCGUGGGCGUUGUUGUCCUGACUGGUCCUCGAUCUGUAAUGGGUCGUAUUGCCAAGGCGACUGCCGCAACCGAAGAGCGCGCAACCUUGAUUCAGAAAGAAAUCUGGCGAUUUGUUUACAUCAUUGUUGCUCUUACUAUUUGUUUGGCACUUUUGAUCCUCUUCACCUGGGUUGGUUGGUUACGCCGGGAUCAUUUCGAAUACAUGAAUGUCGUCGCCAUGUUGAACAAUGUCAUGAGCUGCGUUGUUGCCUUUAUCCCUGAAGGCAUGCCCGUGGCUGUUGCUCUGACACUGAUGAUGGUUGCGAGAAAGAUGAAAGCAGUCAAUAUCCUGCCAAAGGGUCUUGCUACUGUUGAAACCCUUGGAUGUGUCAACGUCAUCUGCUCUGAUAAGACUGGUACCUUGACCCAAAACCAAAUGCACGUCAACUCUGCCUCUUUCAUCGACGAGCCGAUCGAACUCGACGAAUUCUACAAAACCUUAAACAGUGAGAAGCCCAAAGCCAGCUCUACCAGACUGCUUGCAGCGGCAUCUUCUUGCAAUGAUGCGACAUUCGACCCUACGACCAUGAACCUGCCGGUGUCUAGUCGUGAGGUCCAAGGAAAUGCUACUGAUGCUGCUGUUCUCCGAUUCGCAGCCACUGCCAAGAGCGCAGAGUUUGGCACAGCUGUUGUUCCUCGUCUCUUCCAGAUUGCCUUCAACUCCAAGAACAAGUGGAUGCUCACCUUGCAUCGCAAAGAAGCUGACACGAACUCUUCGGCAAACGAAUUCCAAGUAUUCGUCAAGGGUGCUCCUGAUGUUCUCUUGCCAACAUGCACAAAGUAUUGGUCCAAAAAGUCCGACUCAGUUCAACCGAUGGACGAGGCUGCCCGAGCUGCUUUCAAAACAUAUCAAGACAAGCUUUCGAGAAAUGCGGAACGUGUUAUUGUCCUCUGUGAGAAGACCAUCGUUGCUACAAAUGCCCCCGGUACCAAUGCUUUCAGCGACGAGAUUGCACUCACUGCUACGGAGGAUCUCACUAUUGUUGGAAUUCUGGGUAUAAUCGAUCCUGCUCGUCCCGAAACCGCUCACACAGUUGCGGAAUGCAGACGUGCCGGUGCUCGAUUCUUCAUGGUCACCGGUGAUUAUGGCCUUACCGCCGCCGCCAUCGCUCGCAACACUGGUAUUUUCACUAGUGAGCAGGAUCCUGAUACAAUUGUGACUAUCAAAGGCGGAAAACACCUUUCUGCCCCAGAGCUUGCGCUGGCCCGAACCACUGGUGAACGACACAGCCUGUUGCUUGAAGGCCGGGAUCUGGGCAAUCUGAUCCAAGAAGAUUGGGAUGUUAUCUGCGAAUAUGGAGAAAUCGUGUUCGCCAGAACUACCCCGGAACAAAAGCUGCGUAUCGUUGAGGAGUUUCGCAAACGUGACAACGUCGUUGCAGUCACUGGCGAUGGUGUAAAUGACGCGCCUGCUCUGAGAGCGGCUGAUGUUGGCGUGGCAAUUGUUACUGGCAGCGAUGUUGCUAUCGAGGCGGCUGAUCUGGUUCUUUUGGAUAAAUUCGAUUCCAUUAUCGAGGCUAUUCGCUGGGGAAGACUGGUGUUCCAGAAUCUGCAAAAAGUCAUUGCCUAUCUGCUCCCUGCUGGUUCUUGGUCCGAGAUCUGGCCUGUCUUGGUCAACGUCUUCUUCGGUGUACCCCUGCCUCUCAGCUCAUUCCUCAUGAUCAUCAUUUGCGUCUUCACCGACUUAUUCCUCUCUCUUUCUCUUAUUAUGGAAAAGGAAGAAUUUGAUCUGUUGUCCCUGCCACCCCGAAACCACAAGAAGGACCACCUCAUCUCUCUCAAGAUUUACAUCCAGGCCUAUCUCUUCACUGGCUUUAUGGAAACAUGCACUGCUCACGCAAUGUUUUUCUUAUACUACUGGAAGGAGGCGGGUAUACCCAUCAGCAGUCUGUUUUUCGCAUUUGAGAAAUACACGGAUGGGUUCUACGGCUACACGCAAGACGAGUUGACUCACUUCAACGCAGUCGGCCAGGGCGUCUACUUUGUAACCUUGGUCAUUCUCCAAUGGGGCAACAUCCUGGCUGUUCGCAAUCGUCGUUUGAGUAUUCUCCAAGCCGAUCCUAUUACCGAGAAGAGACGCAACCCCUGGCUCAUUCUCAGCAUGGUCAUUUCGCUGGCUAUUGCGAUUUUCGUCACCGAAGUUCCAGGCAUUCAGAACUUGUUCGGCACAGCGAGCGUUCCCAUUCAGUUUUGGUUUAUUCCUAUCCCCUUGGCUUUGGGUAUUCUUUGCAUGGACGAGAUUAGAAAGUUGAUUGUUAGAUUGUUCCCCAAUGGGCCGGUGGCUAAGAUUGCGUGGUAA